CAGUGCAUCCCAUUGCCGUCAUCUGGGAACACCAGUUGUGAUUUGGGAUUGGUGUGCGGGAUGAUGGCCCUUGUGUGUCCCAUUGCACUCACGUAAGGAUUUCCAUUGUGAAGCUGGAACCGGGUGCCAGAUGCUGCACGGGCGGCCCAGGUGUGUCCCAUUGCCUUCGUGCAAGAACACCCGUUGCGAUGAGGGAACGGAGUGCAGGAUGGUGGACGGGUCACCCCAGUGCAUCCCAUUGCCUUCGUGCAAGAACACCCACUGUCAAGCAGGAACGGAGUGCAAGAUGGUGCAAGGAUCACCGCAGUGCAUCCCAUUGCCAUCAUGCAAGAACACCCGUUGUGAAGCAGGAAUGGAGUGCAAGAUGGUGCAAGGAUCACCCCAAUGCAUCCCGUUGCCGUCAUGCAAGAACACCCGCUGUGAACCAGGAACAGAGUGCAAGAUGGUGCAUGGAUCACCCCAAUGCAUCCCGUUGCCGUCGUGCAAGAACACCCGUUGUGGUGCUGGAACUGAGUGCAAGAUGGUGCACGGAUCACCGCAGUGCAUCCCAUUGCCAUCAUGCAAGAACACCCAGUGCGAAGCAGGAACGGAGUGCAAGAUGGUGCAUGGAUCACCACAGUGCAUUCCUUUGCCAUCGUGCAAGAACACCCAUUGUGAAGCAGGAACAGAGUGCAGGAUGGUGGAUGGGUCACCCCAAUGCAUUCCAUUGCCGUCGUGCAAGAACACCCAUUGUGAAGCAGGAACAGAGUGCAAGAUGGUGCAAGGAUCACCCCAAUGCAUCCCAUUGCCAUCCUGCAAGAACACACGCUGUGAAGCAGGAACAGAGUGCAAGAUGGUGCAUGGAUCACCCCAAUGCAUCCCGUUGCCAUCGUGCAAGAACACCCGUUGUGGUACUGGAACAGAGUGCAAGAUGGUGCACGGAUCACCGCAGUGCAUCCCAUUGCCAUCAUGCAAGAACACCCAGUGCGAAGCAGGAGCGGAGUGCAAGAUGGUGCAUGGAUCACCGCAGUGCAUUCCUUUGCCAUCGUGCAAGAACACCCGUUGUGAAGCAGGAACAGAGUGCAGGAUGGUGGAUGGGUCACCCCAAUGCAUCCCGUUGCCGUCGUGCAAGAACACCCGUUGUGGUGCUGGAACAGAGUGCAAGAUGGUGCAUGGAUCACCCCAAUGCAUCCCAUUGCCUUCCUGCAAGAACACCCGCUGUGAAGCAGGAACAGAGUGCAAGAUGGUGCAUGGAUCACCGCAGUGCAUCCCAUUGCCGUCGUGCAAGAACACCCGUUGUGGUGCUGGAACAGAGUGCAAGAUGGUGCAAGGAUCACCGCAGUGCAUUCCUUUGCCAUCCUGCAAGAACACCCGUUGUGAAGCAGGAACAGAAUGCAAGAUGGUGCACAGCUCCCCCCAAUGCAUCCCGUUGCCUUCGUGCAAGAACACCCAGUGCGAAGCAGGAACAGAAUGCAAGAUGGUGCAUGGAUCCCCCCAAUGCAUCCCGUUGCCAUCAUGCAAGAACACCCAGUGCGAAGCAGGAACAGAAUGCAAGAUGGUGCACGGGUCCCCCCAGUGCAUCCCGUUGCCUUCGUGCAAGAACACCCGCUGCGGUGAAGGAACCCGAUGCAAGAUGGUGGAUGGGAUGCCCAAGUGCGUCCCGUUGCCUUCCUGCAAGAACUUCCAAUGCGAGGCAGGAACGGCGUGCAGGAUGGUGGGCGGGUGGCCCCAGUGCGUCCCGCUGCCUUCGUGCAAGAACACCCGCUGCGGCGCUGGGACUCAGUGCAAGAUGGUGGACGGGGUCCCCAAAUGCGUCCCGUCGCCGUCGUGCGACAACUUCCACUGCGAGGCCGGCACGCGAUGCAGGAUGGCGGGCGGGUGGCCCCAGUGCGUCCCCAUCCCCACGUGCCGGACGUUCCCCUGCAAGGAAGGGACGCGGUGCCGGAUGGUGGCCGGGAAACCACGCUGCGUCCCCAAGCCCUCGUGCCGUCACCUGAGCUGCGGGGAGGGCACGCGGUGCAAGAUGGUGGACGACUGGCCGCGCUGCGUCCACGCCUCGCCGAGCUGCCGGGACAUUCGGUGCCAGAAGGGGAUGCGCUGCCAAAUGGUGGAGGGGUGGCCCAAGUGCGUGCACAAGUUGCUCCUCCGCAGGGAAGCGCCGCCGCCGCCGCCGGCUCCCUCGUGCCGCGACAUCCCCUGCGCCAGCGGGACGGUGUGCCGGGUGGAGGGCGGUUCACCUCAAUGCAUCCCGAGCAAGACGUCCCCAACGCAACCUUCCUGUAGAGUGCACUGCCCCAAGAGGACCACGUGCCAGAUGAGAGAGGGAUGGCCCCACUGCGUCCACCCCGCUCCCUCCUGCAGCGCCGUCCGAUGCCAGAAGGGAGAGGAGUGCCGAAUAGUCAACGGUUGGCCACGGUGCGUCCAAAGCAAGGAGUCCCCAGGACAACCCUGCCGGGACUUCCCGUGUCCUAAAGGGACCUCGUGCAAGGUGACCGAUGGCCAACCCCACUGCGUCCACAACCCGCCCUCCUGCCACGACGUCCAGUGCCAGAAGGGAACCGUGUGCCACAUGGUCGACGAUUGGCCGUGGUGCGGCCCCACCAAGGCGCCCGCCAUCCAGAAAACUCCGAGCUGCGAGGACAUCCGUUGCCAAAAGGGGAUGGCGUGCAAGAUGCUGGACGGGUGGCCCAAGUGUGUCAGCCCCAUGCCGUCGUGCGGGGACAUCCAUUGUUCCCCGGGCACCGUGUGCAAGAUGGUCAACGGUCGGCCAAAAUGCGCCCACGAACCGCUGUCCUGCAGCAACGUCCAGUGCAAGAAGGGGACCACGUGUCAGAUGGUGGAUGGCUGGCCACGGUGCAUCCAACUCAAGGUAGCUCCAAGGAAACCUUCGUGCAGUGACCUCCACUGUCCUAAAGGGACAUCGUGUAGGAUGACGGAUGGGUGGCCCCACUGCGUGCAGAACCAGGCCUCUUGCCAGGAUAUCCAAUGUCAGAAGGGAACCGUGUGCCAAGUGGUGAAUGGUUGGCCACGCUGUGUCCAGACAAAGACUUCCAUCAGGAGACCUACUUGUAGUGACAUCCAGUGUUCCAAAGGGACCACGUGUCAGAUGGUCAAUGGUUGGCCACAGUGUGUCCAACCCAAGGUGGCCCCAAGGCAACCUUCCUGCAGGGACAUCCAAUGUCCUAAAGGGACAUCAUGCACAAUGACAGAUGGGUGGCCCCACUGCGUGCAGAACCAGCCAUCCUGUCAGGAUGUGCAGUGUCAGAAGGGAACUGAGUGCCAAAUGGUGGAUGGAUGGCCACGCUGUGUCCAACCAAAGACUUCCAUCAGGAGGCCCACCUGCAGUGACAUCCAGUGUUCCAAAGGUUCUUUGUGUCAGACGGUCAAUGGUUGGCCACAGUGUGUUCAACCCAAGGUGGCCCCAAGGCAACCUUCUUGCAGGGACAUCCAUUGUCCCAAAGGGACAUCGUGUAGGAUGACGGAUGGGUGGCCCCACUGUGUCCAGAAUGGUCCCUCUUGCAAUGACAUCGUGUGUCAGAAGGGAACUGAGUGCCAAAUAGUCAACGGUUGGCCACGGUGCAUCCAAAGCAAGACCACCGUGAGGCAACCUUCCUGCCGGGACAUCCAGUGUCCCAAAGGGAUCACGUGCAAGAUGCUACACGGGCAGCCCCAGUGCAUCCAUCGCCAACCCUCCUGCGGUGACAUCCAGUGCCAGAAAGGGACAGCGUGCCAGAUCGUGGAUGGGUGGCCCCAGUGCGUCCAGCGCGGCCCCUCCUGCGCUGACAUCCGCUGCCAGGUGGGCGCCGUGUGCCAAAUGCUUGACGGGCGCCCGCGGUGCGUCCAAAUGAAGGUGCCCCCGAGGCAACCUUCCUGCUCGGACAUUGUCUGUCCCAAGGGCACAGCCUGCACCAUGGCGGAGGGCAGACCCCGCUGCCAUCCCAGCCAACCCCUCCUCCUCACCGCAUCCCGAGCUCUCCCUGCUCCUCUCCCCCCAACCCCCCCCGAGGUCUCCGUUGUCCCCUCCCCGUGCCACGGCGCCAGCUGCACCGGCGUCCCUCCAUCCUGCCAACACGUCACCUGCCACCCCGGCACCGUUUGCACGCUGCUGCACGGCCGCCCCACCUGCAUCUCCCGGCCUUCCUGCAAGAACCUCCGCUGCCAAGCGGGCACGGGCUGCAAAAUCGUCAAGGGUUGGCCCCGUUGCGUCCGCAUCCCGUCCUGCGAGGACCUGCAAUGCCCGAGCGGGACGGCGUGCCGGGCGGUGCGAGGGUGGCCCAAAUGCGUGCGGAUGGCGAGGAGCGCACCGGCGACAUCCUGCUCCGACAAGGCUUGCCCCCCGGGCACGGCGUGCCGCAUGGCGGAGGGCGUCCCCCAUUGCGUCCCCCAAGGCCCCAGCUGCGCCGCGGUGCGUUGCUCGGACGGGACCACGUGCCAGAUGCUGGGAGGUCGGCCCCAAUGCGUGCCCGACUCGCCCGACUGCAGCACCGUCCGCUGCCCCGCCGGCACCGCGUGCCAACUGGAGGGCGGCUGGCCAACCUGCGUGCCCAACAAGCCGUCCUGCGGCACCGUCCGCUGCGCGGCGGGGACCACGUGCCAAAUGGUGGACAACUGGCCCAAGUGCGUCCCCAACAAGCCGUCCUGCAAAGAGGUGAUGUGCCCGGCGGGGACCGCGUGCCGAGUGGUGGACGGCUGGCCCAGGUGCGUGCCCAAGAAGCCGACUUGCAAAGAGACGCAUUGCCCGCUCGGAACGACGUGUCGGGUGGUGGAGGAUUGGCCCAAGUGCGUCCCCAAGGAGAUGUCCUGCAAAGAGGUGCACUGCCCGCCCGCCACGACCUGCAGGAUGGUGGGGGAUUGGCCCCAGUGCGUUCCCAACAAGCCGUCCUGCAAAGAUAUGCGUUGUCCAGUCGGGACGACGUGCCAAUUAGUGAAGGAUGGGCCCCAAUGCGUUCCCAACCCGUUGUCCUGCAAAGAUCUUCCAUGUCCAACUGGGACNACCUGUAGGAUGGUGGACAACCAACCCAAGUGUGAACCCAACAAGAUGUCCUGCAAAGAUUUUCCAUGUCCAGCUGGGAUGACCUGUAGGAUGGUGGACAACCAACCCAAAUGCGACCCCAACCAGCUCUCCUGCGACCACAUCCGUUGCCCAAAGGGCGAAACCUGCAAGCUGACGGAGGAGGGCUCGCCCCGAUGCGUCCCCGUGCACCACCCCCCCCUCGUCUGCCACGUCCUGAGGCAGUGGCGGUUCCGAGCCUUCGAUGGGAAGGGGUACAGCUUGGGGGGACCCUGCGCCCAAACGUUGGUGAGCAGCUGCGGUGCUCCAAAGAUCUUCCUCAACGUCACGGUGGGAGGACGGGACAGCGCGGGGCUGGCCGCGUCCUUCUCCUACGUCAUGAUCCAGGGCGAUGACUACGAGGUCGUGCUGGUCCGAGGAGAGGAGAAGAUGGCGAGGGUGAGGAGGAGGGGAGAGGGGAGAAGGGCGGUCCAGGGGGGAAACGGGGAUGUGGGGCUUCCCAUUUCCAGUUCCUAGACCCCAUAUCUGGGU